AUGUGCGAGCGCCACUGGACAUGCCCAAGCCACCCUCCAGACCCAGAGCGGAGUCAGGGGGGUGUGGAAGGACACAAUACCAGUGGGCUGUAUGCAAGUGUUGGAAGUGCGUCCGGGGUCUGCGGCUUCUGUGGUGGUGCCGGCGAGGUUGGAAGUAACGAAUCUUGCACAUGCGGCACCCCCCCCGAGCCAGACUGCAGUUGGAGUGACACGAGCUCAGAGGGCAGCUUAGGAAUAGUGGUGGACAUAGGGUACCGUGACCCUUCACGUGAAUACGACUUCGAGAAUACGAGUAUAGAGGUGAUGGUGGGCGACCUCCGGACGAUGGGGUGCAGCAGCCGCCUUGGUGGCGAAGAGUGGGGCAUCCCCGACGGACCGUCCCUAUUGGCCAGGACGUUUAGGUGCGGUGAUCUAGGGUUUGCUGUACCUAUAACGCGUGAAAGGCCCGCGGACCGAGCAGGCAUUUUCGUAAGGGGCGGCACGGUCAUAUUCACUAUUGGGGCCGCCGAGAUGCAGGUCAGCCGGGUGUCAGAAUUACCGACCCAAAACUGGUAUGAGACCUCAACCAGGAGCUGGCCGUCAUGGAUCAAUAGAUCACGUGAGAUCUACCAGACCUUGUACGAGGCAGAGUCGCACGGGAUAAUCAAGCUGGUAUCGAGUGUGGGGGAGAUGGAAGCCGGGAACGUCCUGAUUGACGUGCCGUUACCGUGGUACGGAGGUAAGGUGUAUAAGGGCCAGAAGUUGGUCGGCCUGCCGGAAGCCGACAUAUGGCAAUGGACCGCAGAACACAGGCGUGGCGAUUAUGGACCCCAAGAGCUAAUCUCGAAGGUGAUGGUUCCAGUUGGGCAUGUCGCUGGGCUGAGGAAAGUGUUCGACACGAACCCCACUAGGAACAACACUUGUUUCAUGCGCGGCGGGACAAUCGCGUACGAGAUGUGGUGGGAGCUAGUGGAGUUGCGCAGUGUCAGUGAGGCUGUUGGUAUGCCGGUCUGGGUAUACAGCAGUGAUCUAUGGGACUGUUCUAGGCGGUCAAUCUGGCUAGACCGGAGAUCGGUAGAGGCAAGCCGGGGAGAUGGUCUCGACUAUGUUAUAAUUGGAAGGGACAACUCAUCUGGUUUUGUCAGCCAGUGGGCCGACGAGGACCUCUCCACUCACGCUGAAGCUAGGUUCUGUGUGGAAACUCGCAAGUCAGACAUAUUCAUGCCGUCCGUGGAGACCGUCUUCAGAGUGUGGAGCACGAUGUGGAAUAAGGCAAGUGAGGUCGAGUGCCUCGGGGAUAUAGCACGUCUUCUGAAUAUGUCUGAGGAGGCGGUGCUGAUGUGUGGACAGGAGCCGAAGAAACUGGUGCCCUACGCACAGGAUAGCGGGUGUUUUUUCAAGAUGCAGAGGUCGUCCAGCAUAUCGAGGGGCACUGAGCAGAUUGCCGAAAUACCUGUGGAGGUUAUGAAGCGGAGCGUAAUCUCGUGCGAUGCGGACGGUUACUGUGUUACCAGUCUUGGAAAGGGAAGGCUGGAAGUGGGCAGGAAGCAUAUAGGGCCGGUGAGGGUUGGAGAAGGCAGCAGGUUUGAUUUGGUCCAGGGACUAGUAGGAAGGCAAACUGCCCUUCCGCUGGUAUCACCUACGCACCGAAACACAGAAUAUGCGUAACCGGCCCACAGACCUGACAGGUGCACCGCAGCACUAUGCACUGUUCCGCCCCUGAACCUGCGCCCGCGACACCAGGACCGGCACCUAUAACAUUGCCCCUGCCACAGCCCGGCGGACCAACGCUAGCCGGCGGCGCACUACCGGGCUCAUAGAAACUGACUGCACAAUCGCUCUCCGAGAGCUCACCUGGUCGCAUGUCCCCCAGCAUGUCGGCAGUUUAAUGUUGCGAUUAUCUCAACCGCCUGGCACCGAGCAACCUGUUGAAUGGGAAUCCUCCCUCAAUUUCCUUUAUUGCUGCGUCUGCCCCCCCUCUUGUCUAUCUCCGAGGGUUGGCUAUUAAGUACUACUUCCCCGAGGGGGCUCGGCUGUCUCUGACCCCCAAAGGAUAUCAAAAAUAUAUUCAUAUUUAAAUAAUUUAAAUAAUUCCUAAAGAAUAACUUAUUCUUUGGAUGGGGAAAAAAGAAUAACUUA